GGCGUGACACCAGCAUACACAAAAAUGAUUCAUUAAGCUAUGUUUAAUUCUGGUAAAAUCGGGUGAUAAUCGUGACUUUAUGAAAUCACAUUGCUGAUGCAAGCUACCUCCAGUAUCUGAAGAACAUUUCGGCAACAAGAUAUAACGUUUUCGUCCACUGAGCCAAGCAAGAAUGAAAUACAAGACAGUACGCGAGGGGGAACAGGCAGUUGUUCUAAACUAUCUGGGUGAGGGACGUUUACUUGUAGGCCCAGCACGGGUGUUUCUAUUUAGAGAACGGUUUCAUAGACUGCAGAGAUACACAGCAAGUCAAGAUGAGUACCUGGUGAUCAAAUUUAAAAGUGGACACAUUAAGCACAAGAGAGGCCCAUGUGAGAUGUACUGUAACAUCCUGGAACACGAACACAUCCAAACAUUUAAAUGUGACAAAAUAGAUGCCAACCAUUCUAUCGUUGUUUAUAAGAAGCUUAAAGACAAUAGUGUGGAGAGAAGGAUAAUUGAGGGACCUACAGUGUUUAUGCCAGAAGCUGAAGAAUGGCUGCAUGAGUUCAAAUGGCAUGGUCAAGACCCAGACCAAAUAGGACGAAUGAUAGUAGGGCGUAACAAGUUUACCCAACUUACCUACAAACCUGACCAAUUUUACUAUAAUGUGCUAGGUGUGAGGACUAUAGAUGACACAAUGUUAACAGUAAAAUUGAUGCUUUUCUAUGAACUCGAUGAUGUCAUUAAAAUGCUUGAUACUACACAUGACCCAAUCUCAGAUAUGAUCAAUGCUGUGUGUGCAGAUGUUAUUGCCUUCGCUGGGAAACUAACUUUUGAGAAAUUUCAAAAAGCGACUCAGUUACUCGGAGACUUGGAAACAUUCACCCAGCUUACUCAAAGAGCCAGUAGAAUAGGCUACACAAUCAGUAAGGUGGUCUACAGAGGAUAUGGAGCUAGCGAUCAGUUGCAGAUAAUGCAAGAUGACGCUAUCCAAUCACGAACCCAACUUAGACUUAAUGCAGAACUGCAGGAACAGGAGCAUAGAUUACGGGAUUUCCAACUGAAGAAAGAACAAGAAAGAACAAAACAAAAACAAGACAUGGAGAACAAUAAGUCAGCACACCGCCAAAAACUAGAAGUUCUGAAACAAGAGCACCAGAUGGCGCUUAAAGAUCGUGAACACACAAUGCAACUCAAUAGAGAGGAUCUGAAAUCUCGAACAAAACUGGAAUCUGACAAAAGUCAAGAUGAAGAAGAUGUUAAAUACCUGAAGGAUUUACACACUUUGGGGGUGGAUAUGACAACAUAUCUGAUAUCCACCCUCCCACCAACUAUACACGAGGAGAUCAGAGUGACUAAAUAAAUUGAUAUCUUCAACAGUUAUCUUAAUUUCAAGGAUUUGGGAGUGAAUAUGAUAAAUAUCUAAAACCUUUCCUCCCUAUCAUGAAACAAUUCAAUGAAUCUUUGAGAAAAACACAAAAAGUGAUAUUGGAUUGAGGGGUGGAUAUAAACAAUAUCUGCAUGAUCAGUCUAGAAUAUGAUCUGUAUUUUUAAUACAACUCUGGGACACUCAUGUUGUUCAAUAAAUACUGAUACA